ACUACGAGCGACACACGAGAUCUGAUCCUUCGAGCCUUCUCACCACAUGUGUCUGUGCUGGCUUCACCAGAUACGGAAGAGCUCAUACGGCAUAAAGGUAUAUCAGGAGGACUGUUGGAGUUGCUACGACCGUUUGGAGAACAUAUAUCAGGAAAGGUUACAAUACGGGACAGCUCGGGAGUAAGCAAGUCAUGGGAGGACUACUCGGUCCGUUUUGUUGCGGUCAAGGAUGGAUUGGAGAGUCCCCGGAGUGCAGACCGGAGUAAUGUGCCACAGGUCGAGCAGCUCGUGGAGCGGCACCUCACCUUUUCCGAAGAGCAGUCAGCACCCGCUGGAACGGACUAUCUCACAGCAAAUGACGAAGCAGCGUUGCCGGAUCCGCGAGCCACCUCUCCAUUCUACUCAUUAUACCUUCGUCGAAUCUUUUCCGGCAUCCCGAUGGUGCCAUCCGAAUCAAUAUCGCAUCCCGUAGCCUCGGUCAUAGCGAUUUCUUCUCGCUCACCAGCUCCCAUAGAGGAGCUCCGAAGUCUUUACGAUUCCUCCAACACUGGCGAGCACCGGUUGCCGCAAUGGGUACACAAUGAGUUCUUACGAUACUACGUUCUCAUCCACGACGAAGAUUACGACGACAUUACAAAGUCCAUGUCUCUGUACGAUCAAAUGAAACGACAUUUCGGCCUGCAUUGCCACCUGCUCCGACUCCGCAGCACUCAAUGCGUACCGUCUGAUGACGACAGCUCCCGAUUACCACCUUGUGAAUGGAACGCUGCCGCAGAAGAACUCGCCGAGAUCAGCCGCCGCGAAACCACCGACGAUGAGGACGAUCCGACACCAUAUAUAUUCGAGUCCGACGCCACAGCCGUCCGCACCUUUGUCCGCGAAAUGGUCACGCAAUCCAUCAUACCCUCAAUGGAGCGUGCCUCCGCGACCUGGAACGAUCAAGUCGCAUCCCGCCGGCGAGGCAUCUCCGGCCGCUUCAUGUCCCUCUCAAAACGCUUCACAACUUUCGGAGGCCGCGCUGCUUCCGGUCCCAGUCUCGGCGGUGCAGGCUCCAACUUCGACGCCCAGCAAGGCUUCUAUCGCCCCGAUUCUGCCGAAGCCAUCAUGCGCAAGUUAGCGGACUACUGCAUGAUGCUGCGAGACUUCCGCCUCGCACAUGGCGUCUACGAGAUCCUCUGCCAGGACUUCAAAAAUGACAAAGCUUGGCGGCACUAUGCAGGUGCGAACGAGAUGGCUGCUGUCAGUCUGCUGCUUUCCACACCCGCAAAUAGCAAGAUCCGCAUCGAAGGUAUCGACCAGUACCUGGAGACGGCGUACUACUCAUACAUCACCCGCGUCACGAUGCCCUAUCAUGCUCUUCGAACGCUUCUUCUAGGGGUGGAGCUACUCAAGAUGCGAGAUGGUAAUGCCCUUGACGACGCCGCGAGGUGGUGUGCGAAAGUUCUCGAAGAUCGCCUGGUCGGUCCGGUCGGCUACUCUCUGAUCAUGGAACGAAUCGCAAAUUGCUAUUCAGCCAAGACGACUGGGCUCGUGACGACUGGAGACGGUCGAAGAAGAAAGUCAGCAUUCUGGUGGAUGCUAGCAGCGGAGUCAUGGAUGAAAGGCGAAAAGACACGCCAAGCGGAGAAAUGCCUGGGCGAGGCAUUGAGGUUGUAC